AUGUUGGUGCGGCCACUGUGCUCUACUGCUGCCACAGUGCUCUACUGCUGCCACAGUGCUCUACUGCUGCCACAGUGCUCUACUGCUGCCACAGUGCUCUACUGCUGCCACAGUGCUCUACUGCCACAGUGCCACAGUGCUCUACUGCUGCCACGGUGCACUACUGCUGCCACAGUGCUCUACUGCUGCCACAGUGCUCUACUGCUGCCACAGUGCUCUACUGCUGCCACAGUGCUCUACUGCUGCCCCUCUACUGCUGCCAGUGCUCUACUGCUGCCAGAGUGCCACAGUGCUCUACUGCCACAGUGCCAGAGUGCUCUACUGCUGCCACAGUGCUCUACUGCUGCCACAGUGCUCUACUGCUGCCACAGUGCUCUACUGCUGCCACUGUGCCACAGUGCUACUGCUGCCACUGUGCUCUACUGCUGCCACAGUGCUCUACUGCUGCCACAGUGCUCUACUGCUGCCACAGUGCUCUACUGCUGCCACAGUACUCUACUGCUGCCACAGUGCUCUACUGCUGCCACGGUGCACUACUGCUGCCACAGUGCUCUACUGCUGCCACAGUGCUCUACUGUGCUCUACUGCUGCCACAGUGCUCUACUGCUGCCACAGUGCUCUACUGCUGCCCCAGUGCUCUACUGCUGCCACAGUGCUCUACUGCUGCCAGAGUGCUCUACUGCUGCCACAGUGCUCUACUGA